GAGGCAGCGGCCGGCGGGCGGCCGGGCCGAGCCCCGCAGCCCCGCGCAUGGAGCCCUAGGGCGGCGGGCAGCAUGUUCAGCCCCGACGGGGGGCUGCCGGCCGCCCCCUUCGGCCUCCUGCCCGACGCCGGGCCGUCCUUCCCCCGCGGCGGCUUCGACGGGGCGGCCGCCCAGCCGCUCUUCUUCCCCUUCGCCGCCGAGCCCGAGCCCCCCCGCGACCCGCCGCCGGCCCGCGCCUGGCUGCCCCCGCCCGCCGGGCCGCCCGCCAAGGCGGAGGCGCGCCCGGGCCGGCCCUGCCGCCAGCCCUCGCCCGAGCCCCGCGCCGCGGCCUGCUGCGGCCCGGCCUGGCCCCCCCCGCCCUGGGCCGGGCCCGCGCCCCCCGGCGCCGCCAGCACCGCCCUGCCCGGCCCGCCCUUCCCCGGCCCCGCCGCCGCCGCCUUCCCCGGCCCCCAGGUCUGCCCCGCCGCGCUGCAGCCGGGCUCCGGCGGCCUCUCCGGGCUGGGCAGCAGCGGCAGCUCCAGCGGCGCCGCCAGCGAGGGCGGACACUCCAGCGACAGCGGCGACGAGGAUGCACCAACCUCAGAGGAGCUGGAGCAGUUUGCCAAGGACCUCAAGCACAAGCGCAUCAUGCUGGGCUUCACCCAGGCUGACGUAGGGCUGGCCCUGGGCACCCUCUAUGGGAAGAUGUUCAGCCAGACGACCAUCUGCCGCUUCGAAGCGCUCCAGCUCAGCUUCAAGAACAUGUGCAAGCUGAAGCCACUGCUGCAGCGUUGGCUCAACGAGGCGGAGAACACUGACAACAUGCAAGAGAUGUGCAAUGCGGAGCAAGUGUUGGCCCAAGCCCGGAAGAGAAAACGCAGGACCAGCAUCGAGACCAAUGUGAAGGGGACACUGGAGAGCUUCUUCCGCAAGUGUGUGAAGCCCAGUCCCCAGGAGAUCUCCCAAAUUGCCGAGGACCUCAACAUGGACAAAGACGUGGUCCGGGUCUGGUUCUGCAACCGGCGUCAGAAAGGCAAACGGCUGCUGCUCCCCUUCAGCAACGAGGCAGAGGGGGCCAUGUAUGAUAUGAACCAGUCCGUGGUGCCCACUGGCCUGCCCAUCCCAGUGACGUCCCAGGGCUACAGCCUGGCGCCCUCCCCUCCCGUCUACAUGCCGCCUUUCCACAAAGCCGAGAUGUUCCCUCAAGCGCUGCAGCCUGGGCUUUCCAUGAGCAACAGCAGCCACUGAACCGGGGGCUGCGGGGGCUGGUGGCGGUGCCGCCCCAACGCUGCGGCUGGGCUGGCUCUCUGGGGGCAGCUUCCCCUCCACUUUGCCCUGAGAAGGCACAGGCACGGCCCCACUCCCGUUCCCAGGGCCUGCCUUAGGGCUUUUGGGGUGCCUUAGGGCUUUUGGGGUGCGAGGGGCAGGGGAAGGGCUGGGAGCCUGGCACAGGGAUGGUGUCUGCUCUCUGCGGUUGCUCCCAGCCCUUCCCAGUUAUAUGUGAGUUUAGUUGUCCCAGCAGCAUCGGCCCCCCUCUAACCUCUCCUGGGGGGCAGCUGCUCCUGCCCCACUGCCCCCCACCAAAGCCACACAUGCCUGGGGCGCUGAGCGGAGCCACCUGCGCCCGGCCCCAGCCAAGCUGCUCUCCUGCAAAACCCAGAAAAAGUAUUUUUUAGA